UGUUCUUUACUCUCUUCUUAAGCCCACCCUGACUUCAUGAAUCACCCCCUGCACAUGUCUUCAGGGAGGGUCUCACCUCCAGCUCACACUCUGCUUAAAUAAUUCCAACUCUCCUCUUCUAUUAGCCUCAUUCAGCUGCUGUGCUCUCCACCUGAAGUGUGUGUGUAUGUAGGAUUACCUGGGAGUCUGUGUCGACACCAUGGCUCUGGUCCAGGUGCUCAGAGUCCUGUGCUGCCUGCUGCUCACUUAUCACCUGGGUGAUGCCAGGAGAAUCAAGGGAAGUGGAACAGUGGACCCGAAGCCUGUCCUGAGAAUGAAGAUGCCUCACAUUACCAGCACAGUCUUUAAGCUCUACUCUGAUGGUGCUAAAGACAUGGAGGACUGGUGCACGGUGGAGGCUUUCAGACCUCAUACUCAGACCUCCUGUGGUUUCAACAGCAGUCAUCCUCUCAUCAUCAUCACCCACGGAUGGUCGAUAAAUGCUCUGAUGGAGAGCUGGGUGCCCGUUCUUGCUUCUGCUCUGAAGACCAGUCUUGGAGAUGUCAAUGUGAUCGUUACUGACUGGCUUUUACAGGCCAAUAUGAACUACCCUAACGCAGCCCAGAACACUAGGGCAGUGGGGAAGGACAUAGCAUUCCUGCUACAGUGGCUGCAGGAGUUUUACCAGUUUCCUGCAGAGAAAGUUCAUCUGAUUGGAUACAGUCUUGGUGCUCACGUCUCUGGAUUUGCUGGAAGCUACCUGGGAGGACGUGGAAAGAUUGGACGAAUCACUGGUCUGGAUCCAGCAGGUCCCCUGUUUGAGGGCAUGGCAGCAUCAGACAGACUGUCCCCUGAUGAUGCCCUCUUUGUGGAUGCCAUCCACACCUACACCCAAGAACGCAUGGGGCUGAGUGUGGGAAUCAAGCAACCUGUGGCACAUGUUGACUUCUACCCCAACGGGGGUGACUUCCAACCAGGAUGCCACCCUUUCCGGAGCUUAAUGGAACAUAUCGCCUUGCAUGGAAUCAAUGGUUUUGAGCAGACAGUGAAAUGUGCCCAUGAGCGUUCAGUCUACCUGUUCAUCGACUCCCUUCUGAACAAAGACAAGCAGAUCAUGGCCUACAGAUGCAGGGAUGACAAUGCCUUUGAGAAGGGUACCUGCCUGGACUGCCGUAAGAACAAAUGCAACACACUGGGCUAUAACGUCAGGAGGGUGCGCAGUGCCACCGGCAAGAAGCUCUACCACAAGACCCGCUCUCACAUGCCCUACAAACUCUACCACUACCAGUUCAGGAUUCAAUUUGUCAACCAGAUAGAGAAGACUGAGCCCACUCUCAUCAUCUCUCUCACUGGGACAAAGGAGGACAGCCCUGAAAUGCCCAUCACUUUCAUCGAGGAGAUCUCAGGCAAUAAGACAUACACCUUUCUGAUCACCCUGGACUCAGACAUUGGGGACCUGAUGAUGCUGAAGUUCCGCUGGGAGGGGAGUGUUGUAAACAAUAUGUGGAGCAAGAUGCAGACCUUUAACCCCUGGAGCAGUGGGGGAAUGAAUGCCAAGCUCACCGUGGGCAAAAUCCGUGUCAAAGCAGGCGAGACACAAAAUAGGACGACUUUUUGUGCCCAGACAAGUGAUGGAAUAUACAUUCGGCCAUCGCAAGAGAAUGUCUUCGUGCGCUGUGAAGAAAAUGCUCAAAAACAGCGCAGAAGAAAAACGCGUUUGUCUUGAGUCGGAUACUUCGAUCAGCUGGGCCGGCUCUAGUUUUUUGGGGGCUCUAAACUAGAUUUGGUCUCGCCACCUCACCGCAAAACAUUUUAGUGCCAGCUGACAGUUGAGCGGAAAUGUUAUGUUUUACAGUUCAUUUCCUGCAGUUCUACUGGGCCAGAAAGAAAAUGUUGCAAUUUUAUAACAAAUGUAAUGCAAUUCUACAAAUUUUGCCAUGGGACAGAUUAUAUAUAUAUAUUUGCAGUUUCACACCUAAUUUCAUACAAUUGUACCCAUUUUUGCUAUUUCAAAAAAUUAUUUCCUGCAAUUCUACACAUUUUGCCAUGACUUAUGCCAUGUUAAUAUGAGUGAGAAUGACUAUCAAAAUCAAUGGGGGACCCCUGAAUGCCCAGUCGGUAUUCGAUUACUACAAGUUUAGAUAGAUUGGUAGUUAGCUGGCUAGACUAAGAAUUGACAUGGGUAAUUGUCAGCCAAUCAAGUGACUGACAUAAGUUAAAAACUGCUGAUGCACAACCACCUGGUGUAUUCUACUAUUUUUACUCUCAAAAGUAAGUUGAGACCCUGACUAAAUAAAACAUUGGUUUGUAAUAUUUCAA